GACAUUAUAUCUACUUAAGAACCAUAAUUAAGUAUAUCAUUAAAUCUACCCCUUUUAACCAUCACCAAAGAAAGUAGCUACGCGACGGGUGCUAACUUUCUUCAUGGUCCUUCGAGAAAGGGCUUCGGAUCAGUGACGGGACCAGUUCAGUGCAUUCGAGGCAUAACCAGUGAUAAAUUUCGUACCUGUUGGAUUGCAGUGUUUGGGAUUUAUUGUACCAGAAAACCAGGUCAGAUCAAACCAUUUAUUUAACUCUAUUUAUAGCUAUCCUUUUACACCAAAACCAUGGAGGAUUACUUCUUAAACCAAACCGAGAUUUAUGAAGCGUUGAAAAAACUGCUCAGCAACAUCAAAAAAGAUGGAGCUGAAAGAAAAACCAUCGAUUAUUGUAACCGCAAGUCUACUAUGCUUGAAACUUACUGGCGUGAUUAUGUAGAAAACCAUAGAAAGAUGUGCAAGUUUAAUACUUUUGACCAUGUGUAUUUUACCAAAAAGUGUUUUGAAACCGCAGAGGAAGUUUACAUGACCAUUAAACAAUUACUUGAUGAUAUUAUAGUAAAAUUGUCUCAAUCGGGUAAGCCAGCGUACCAGCGUCAGUCCGAUGCCUAUCAGCGUCCCGCGGCGGCACCAGAGCCGCACGGAGCAGCGACCCCCGGCCCCUCGGCCGCACCAGCGCCGGGGCCCUCCCCCGCACCAGUGUCGACACCACUAAUGGGAAGCGCCUCUUACCACACCAAUAUCAAUCGUUCAUCUAAAUUGGACGAGAUGAUAAAGAAACAAAGCAUACAUUUUAAGGCAUUCAUGCGAACGGUGAGUACCAUCGAUCUGGACCAUAUGCAGAACAGAUGGGAGAUCGAAGAUGCCCUGAAAACCCUUCAAAACCGUUGGGCAACCAUUGACCAUUACCACUGGGAAAUAGAAGCUGAAGAUGGAGGUAAUGAUGUGUGUUACCAGAAUGAGUUUACCAGAUAUGAGAGCACUUUCAACGAUCUCAAGAAAACAAUAAACACCAAAAUGUGGUCUGCGUCACAUCGUGACAAGUCUACGCCGCAAAUGGACAUACCAGUCUUCAACGGCAACUACCACCAUUGGACUUCGUUCAAAGAUCUGUUUGAUGAAGCCAUCCACAGGAACCCAUCCCUGUCCCAGGCCCAGAAGAUGCAGUUCUUGAAAAAUAAAGUAACGGGAGAAGCCGAGCGUCUGAUACACCACCUACCAAUAAGUUCAGACAAUUACGAGGUCUGCUGGGAGAUCUUGAACCAUCGUUUUAACAACAAGCGCCUCAUCUUUACGUCCCACAUUAAUACAUUGCUAAGUAUUCACAAUAUGCAGCAACAAUCAGCAGGUUCCAUCAAAAAGUUACAUGACGUUUGUAAAGAAACUCUGUACGCCAUAAAAAAUCUUGGAGUGGAUAUAACAUCAUGGGAUCCCAUAUUAGUUCACCUUCUGGCACAAAAAUUGGAUGGUGACUCAUUUGCUGAAUACUUGGAAUCUGUGAAAAACCCACGGGAACUACCAGUACUUCAAGAAUUCUUAGAGUAUCUUGAAACCAAGUUUACGACGCUUGAAGCAUCUCGCCGUAAACAAGACCCACCAAACCAAAAAAUAGCAAACCAAAACCAGCCAGAUACCUACCAAAAAAGAUACUCCAAUAAUAAUAACCAGAAUAAUUAUAAUUCAACAUUCAAUAAAACAUAUAAUUCGAAACCAAAUAUGAAGUCAAUGCCCGUAACUAGAGCAAUAAACUGCGUUGUAUGCAAUUCUACACACGGCCUUUGGUCGUGUAAUGCAUUCUUGCAAAUGAAUAAUGAACAGAAGUUAGAUGUGCUAAAUAAACACAAUUUAUGCAAUAACUGUUUCGUAAACCACUUUAAUAAACCAUGUCAAUCUGCCAAAACGUGUCGCAAAUGUUCGGGGGCCCACAAUACCCUGAUGCAUGAACCAAUAACAACAACUAGACCAACUUCAUCAAUGAAACCAGCUUAUAAACCAUCAACCAGAGAUAACAAAAACUCAUCAAUUAAUGUGUCAUGGAAUGAUAUGUCGGAGAUAUUACUAGCCACGGCUAUGAUUGACUUGACAGGAAAGGACGGAAUUAAACACAGAAUGAGAGCCCUAGUAGACCAAGGCUCUCAAGUUUCACUGAUAAGUGAGAAGGCUGCACAGACGUUAGGAUUGAAGAGAAGCCAAUGUAAAGGAAAGAUAUUUGGCGUAGGAGAGAAGGAAAAUAACUGCAAAGGAAUGUUAAACGACAUCAAGUUGGCCGACCCUAGUUUCUUCGUGAGCCAACCAGUAGACCUACUUCUUGGAGCGGAUGUGUACUCUAAGAUCAUGCUGGGUAGUAUACUACGAGGAGAAAAUGAAGACCAACCUAUCGCUCAGCAGACGAAACUAGGCUGGUUACUUUGCGGCUCACUGCAAACCUUCCAGUGUAAUGUAGUCUUACAUGAGAUAGACGAUUUGAAAAGGUUCUGGGAAAUCGAAGACAUCGCCAAUUCCGAGAUCGAGAUGUCUUCUGAAGAUCACGAGUGCAUGGAAUACUUCCGUACAACCACCAAAAGACGUGAAGACGGAAGGUUUGAAGUACGCAUUCCAUUCAAGUCUGAGUUAAAAGAAAAAUUAGGUGACACCAAACCAGCAGCGACGGCCCAAUUUAGAAAUUUGGAAGGGAAAUUGGCCAAAAAUGUACCACUCAAGAAUGAAUACCAAAAAUGCAUGAAAGAAUAUAUAGAUCUAAACCAUAUGAUUCCUGCGAAGGUGACGAAUACCCAUGAGAAUUAUUUACCUCAUCAUGCGGUGAUAAGAGCAGAGGCAACCACUUCCAAGGUCAGGGUGGUAUUUAAUGCAUCGCAGAAGUCAUCAUCCGGACUUAGCCUGAAUGACGUCAUGCAUAAAGUGCACUGA